CACCUCCUCGUACUUAGGAGGUUGGGAAAUUGUAACCCACCAGUAAAAUAUCCAAUGUGUUAAUGCAUUUUGCACCUGCAUUAAGUGAACAAGCUAGAAAUCUUCUUCCAGACUUUCUGCUUUCCACUUUCUACUCUUUUCACAUCUUCUUUACUCUAUUUUCCGUCACUUGUAUUUUCUACGGAAAGGCGGUUUUUCGUGUCACCGUCAAUUACUAACCCUCACAGCUAAAUUCUGUUUUAAGCUUGGUGGUACAAUUAAGACCAAGUUAUUUUUGGGAAUUUGUUGGAGGAGGUAAAGAGGUCACCAAAUCAUCGGCCUUGGUGAGCAAGAGCUUGUCUCAGUCGCAUUCCAAUCAUCCACGAGUCGAGUCCGCCUUUAGACGGAACUUAGACAAGAUGCGACCCAACCAAAGCCAAAGUUUACUUCUCCCCUUAUUAUUCAACCUCGUUGUCGCUCACCCUUACCCGGCCGACGAACUUAAAGAUGCCGGCUUUGGAUACCUUAUGAACCGCGCAUGCGCAUCGUACUGCGGCGCUGACAACCAAUACUGCUGUUCCGAUGGCGAAUCGUGCACCACAUCAGCCGGUAUAGCAAGUUGUGCCGCGUACAAUUUUUACACAACUACCUGGACUGAAACGAAAACGUACACCAGCACAUUUAGUUCCGCCUUAGGUGCGUCGACAGCAGCAGCCGGAGGUGUGGAUUGUAUACCACCAGCAGGGUCCGGACAAAUCGCAUGUGGACCUAUUUGCUGUGCGACCUGGCAGUACUGUGCUCGCAGUGGACAAUGUCUGCCAAACGCCGGCGCUAGCUCUUACACCCAAUGGACCUCAGUCGGCGUUAUCACGACGCAAUUCUCAGCGCCCUACCGAGUCACGAGCGGCAGUACCAUCAUACAAACUUCAGAACCUACCACUACCGGUACUGCAGCCAGCGAGACCCAGUCAUCUACUACCACCGCCGCCCCUGCUCCGGUCGCAUCCACUAGCGGCUCUCUAAGCGGAGGCGCAAUCGCUGGUAUCGUUAUUGGUACAAUUGCUGGCGUGCUCUUAUUACUACUACUCUGCUUCUGUUGCAUCGCUAGAGGGCUAUGGGGUGUAUUCGCGUCAGCCCUCGGUUUGGGCGGUAAGAAGAGAAGAAAGGAGGAAGUCGAGAUUAUUGAAGAACGAUAUUCCAGACGCGGAAGCAGGCACGGCAGCAUGUAUGGCGCGGGGGCAGGCGCCGCACGACCGGUACACCGAACAUGGUUCGGCGGCGGUGGGGGCCGACCCACGUCAGCCGCCGGCCGAAAAGAAAAGACUUCAGGGAGCGGCGCAGGUUGGCUCGCCGCCAGCCUGGGCGCGGCAGCUCUCGUUUUAGGCCUGAAGAGGGAUGAAAGGCGUCGCGCUAGCAGCUCAAAGCCGCCUCAUGGAGGUAGCGAAUGGAGUAGUUCGUACUAUACUGACUCCUAUUCUGCAAGCAACCCUAGUGAGUUUAUCCCUCAAAGAUAAACUCCAAGAGGGUUAUUACUGACCAAUUUUCUCACAGGCAGCCGAAGUUCGGAUCGAAGA